AUGAAACGCCCGUGCAGAUGGCGUAUCAGGCAGACAUCGGCCAACUCGCCAGCGCCAGCGGAGAACGGGGCGUUCAGUCGUUCGCUUACACCCCG